AUGGUGAAGUACAUUAAUGUUGAAUCUGCUUGCUGCUCUAUUGUUGUAGACGAUAAUAUGUUUGGUAUUUUUGGUACUAUGAUUUGCUACACAUUGUGGGUAGCGCAUCAUAUGGUGAACGCUGAAGAAACACGUGUUGCCUUUUCUGGACUUAUUGAAAAGCCUCCGCUUACUGAUCAGCUUCUUGCUCGGCCUCCUUUCAAGUUUAUUCUCGACGUUGUUUCAUCCACCAUUUCUAAGACUGGCUACUUGAAGGAUAAGUUCACCUCCGAUGACCUCAAUCCAGCAAAGUUGAAUGAUAAAGCAGCUAAAAUGGCGUUUCUGGACUCCUUAAUCCAGGCACUUAACGAUGGCUCGUUAGAUGAAGUGAAAUCAUCUAAAAUUGUAGCAGGGAAGGAACCGGAGUUAACAAACCUGAUGCUGAUCAGGUUGGCUGAAGGAGCUCGUGAGUACAGGAAGAGCAGGAAAUCUAGUAAAAAAUCCCAUCACGACGAAGAUGCUGAAAAGACGUCUAAAUCAAAGCAUCGCUCAAAAAGUAAGGAGCCUAAAGAGGAGAAGACGAAGAGUCGAUCUAGCAGUAAGCAUCGGGAAGAAAAAGAGAGAGAUGAGAGGAAGGAAGAAAAAAAGGAGAAGAAAAGCUCGAAGGAUAAGGAAGGUCACCACAAGAGCAGCAAGAAACGAACUGAUGACGAGAAGAAGAAGAAAAAAGAAAAGAAGGAGAAGGAAGAAAGGCAUAUCGAAGAAGAGGACAAAGAGCAGAAGGAACAAAUUGAUCGGGAUAUCAACAGUAACGUCGUCGAAGCACAAGCUGAUCAAGGUUUUGAUGAACCAUCAUCUUCACAUGUCGAUAGCCCGAAGACUACUGGAAAUGCCCUUUCCCCAGCAAAAACCGACGAUAGCGGUGUUGGUGACAUGACUGAAAGUCCUCGUCCACCAGUUCUUGAAAGGCCGAUGACCGCUGCCUUAGCUAGGCCUCAAACGUCAAUGGGUCGUCCUGGAACAGCUGCUGCCAGGCCAGCACCUCCGAAAUUGAAAAGGAAGCAAAUAGCAACUGUUGAAGAGACGAGCACUGCGCCCGUGCAAACAGCUGCAGAAGUGAUUACUGAAGCUGAGCCACCUGCACCUGAAGAGACAUUCCUUGUGGAAGAAGAGGAAGUGGAAGAAGUUGUGCCAAACACAUUUAAAGUCACAGAAGCCGAGCUGCCCAAUGACGAAAGAGGAGGUCUAGUGCAGAAGAUGAUAGACACAACAGCAGGGUUUGAUGAUGGGGGUCAGGAAAUUGGUGCUGAUGUUGACCAAGGAGAAUUUGCUCGAGAAAAGCUCAAGGCAUAUGCUAUCAUUUUCGAAAGUCAUGCUCUGCAUAAUUCAGAAUUUUUAGGCGGAUGCACUACUAAAUUCUUUACAAAUGGUGACAAGGACAACACAUCCAUUAUCUAG